AUGACACUUUACCAUUUUGGAAAUUGCCUUGCUCUAAUUUAUGCACCUUAUCACAUGGCCUAUAAGUUUUCUGGAAUAUCAGAAUACGCAACAUUUUCAAAAUGCUUGUAUGCGGGGGGUUUGUAUAUCUUCACUCAGCUAUGUAAAAUGUUAUUACUUGCCACAUUCUUCCCAGACUCCGAUAGUGGUCAAAUCACAGGGGAGUACGAUGUUUUUAUGGAAAUCCUCAAAGCUACAGUAGAUUUUGCAGAUCUUUUAGGAUUGUACUUUGCUCUGAAUUCGGUGCCUGGAAAAGGACAUGCAAAGAUCCUUACAUCUGCUAUUGGAUGGGCAAGUGCCGAGGUUGUCGUCACCCGUAGCGUAUUGCUGUGGGUUGGUGCACGUGGUUCGGAAUUCGAUUGGCGCUACGUUCGCUCCUGUGCAGAGUCCAAUGUCGCUUUACUUCAACACGCGGCCACUGCUGCUCUUGUCUGGCUGUGGACGAGAAGUGACCUGCCCCGAAAACACACACCUGUAGUCAUUACACUACUUGCGUUGUCUCCCUACAGAAUGCUCUUAGAGGACGCUGUAGCCAGUAUACUUUCUUUGAGCGCUUGGUCUUUGUUGGCCUUGCGUGCGUUACACGCAUCGGCGAUCGGUCUCACUGCAUUAGCAAUGUAUGCAAUUCUGGCGCAGCAACUUGGUAUAUGA